CUCGAUUCACCUCUUCCUCUCUGCUUAAGGUUUACUCCACCCAGGUCACAUCCCCAACCCUUUUACCUAUCGCUCAGAAGUUACGAGACCGAGGGCCAGACAAGGCGGCUGCUACCACCCACCUUUUUUCCUCCAAAAUUUAUACAUUUUCACUUUCCAUAAUAAUCGAACGUGACAACCGCGAUCAGUUGGAUAACUGCGGAGGGGGUUCUGUUGGUCCGAACGGAGACAGAAUGGGGAAAAUAGAAUGGGCUAUGUGGGCCAAUGAACAGGCUCUGGCGGCGGGGCUCAAAGCAAGCUGUCGUCCCGUUUGCUUCCACCUUGUCCUAUCCUGUCGGAGUCUGCCUGGCAGUCCUCCUUACUGGUGGCAUAGUGGGGGUGGCCGGCCAGUUCAGGGACUGGGAGUUUGCUGCUUAUUCUAUAGCUGCAGGGGUGUUUGUCUGUCUACUAGAGUACCCAAGAGGCAAGAGAAACAAGGGCACCAGUGUAGAAAGGACGGGUCAGUACUGCUUCACUGUCUGUGUGAAGUCAUUCGGCCCACUGACCAGGAACUACUAUGUCAGAGCAUUUCUACAUGCAGCGAUCUGCGUUCCUGGUGGUUUCAUCCUUGCAGCUGUUCUUGGCUGUGUCUGCCUCGGCAUAUCUAGCCUCAUCUACCUUGCGGCGGCCAUCCGAGGGGAGCAGUGGGAGCCCAUCCUGCCCAGGAAGGAGAGUGCCCGUAAGCCGGUGGGAGAGAGCAUCAAGCUCCCUCCCCAGAACCCUCCACCACGCCCACCCGCAGAGAUGCGCAGGAAACGGGCGGAGGACCUGGAGGCGGCUGCCUAUGUCAACCCCAUCGCUGUCAAUGAUGACUAGAUCCCCUUACUGUUCCUCCUUCAGGCCUGUUGGGCUAAGCUCACUCAGGUUAGCUUAUGGUUCCACUGAGCCCCAACCAAAACAGAUCUACAGUGGAGCCCCACCCAGGCCAUGCUCAGUCCCGACUGCCUUUGGUUGAGGGCCGAAUCCUAAAUUGAGAUGGAUAAGCUUGCAUAACAUAGGUUUUGUGUAAAUUGGGAAUUGGCGUCAAUGGGAAUUUUUUUAUGGACUGGUAUCAAGUUAGGAAUCAGGCCUCGGAGAGUAGAGGGUUGUGGAGAGGACACACUGCUGUUGAUGUUUGAUGAUGUAUAAGGGAUUGUAUUGAACUGAGAUGUUGCUGUGCCUUAGUUACUGCAAAAAGGGUGUGUCCUAUAUCUCUGCACCACUUGCCACAUCUCUUUCAGUUAUAAUUUUGGUCCCCAAAAGGCUUUGGAAUGUAAAUGGAAAGUUUGUAUUCUUGUUGCGACAGUAAGUUAUUUUGAGAGCAAUUGAACAAAUGGAUGUGGAUGAGAAUCAACCACAUUAACUGGCACAGACCUAAUGAAAUUAUUUUAAAAGAGAAUGAAGAGCUAUUUCUACAUUUUGUAUCCUCAAAAUAUACUGUAUUAUUUUACACUGGAAUGUUAGUUGUUUAUAAGCAAGCACUGUUUUGCGUUAUCUAUUUCUCUUUUUGGUCGGUUUACUAUGUCAGUGGUCAACUAGCUGUAUUAUGGACAGUUGUGUAUUCACCUCUCUACAAAAUAAUGUAUGUCUAUGUUUUAUGCUUGUUAUGCUUUUUAUACAAUCUGAAAAUAAACAUAGUUAUUCUAGUUAUUUAAAA